UUCAGCACAAAACUUGACUGUCGAUCGUGGCGUACAUAGUUUGCUUCUUCAUCAUUUUUUUGCCUUUUUUUAUAAUUUGUACACAAAUCAUUUCUUUUCUUUGUUUUAAUUGCAUUCAUCUUCAAAUAAUUUUCAUAUUAAAAUGCCGUACGAAUCGAUCACAUUUUCUAUUUAUUUGUAGCUUUGCGUUUUGUGAAGUAUUCUUUUGUUUUGAUUGUAAGAUUUGUUUGUAAUCGCCGCUGCUGCUGUGGUCGUCACCAUUGUCAUUUUUUGUGUAUAUGUUUGAUUUCGCAUCAAAGAGAGAGAGAGAGAGAGAGAGAGAGAAAAACUCAAAACAGAAAGGGCAACACACACACUUAAUGGACUAAUUAAAUUAGCAAACGAUCAAUUGCUUGUACAUCGGUAGUGAUUUGAUCCGAAAAUUUUAGUGAACACAUUUAUGAACGAAACACAAUUCAAACGGUCAAAAACGAAAUUUUUGAAAUAAUCGCAUUGCAAAAAGAAAUCCCAAGAAAUGUCGUUCGUUAGAAUCAUUGUGCGAUGACCUGAUCAAAAAUAAUGGGACUUUACCAUUCUGGCCAGCACAUCUCUAAUGACAUCCAGUUCCAAGUGAUAAAGUGUAAUUCCAAUUUUUGUUCUAAGAUUUUAAACUUGUGUGAUACAUCUAGAAAUUCAAUAAAAUUCGAGUCAAUAGCGCAUGAAUGGCAUCGAUCAUGAAUGAAUAAUUGAUUAGAAAUUCAGUAUCCCAUUAUCAAAGACAGCAUCAAUUCGGUUCAAAGAGUAAUUGACGUUGACCGCCGAUUGUGAUAUAACUGCUAUCCAUAUCAGAAUAAGAGACAAAUAUUAAAAGUUAUCUCGAAACGAGGACAGUAGACGAAGCAAAGGGAUCGCGCAACACUACCGUCAAUUCAUUCUUUCUUUGAGAUAACACGAUCAUUUCAAGUGAAGUAACAAUAACAACAACAACAACAAACAACAAAUAACAACAAUCGGCGAAAAAAUGCUACGAUUUCUGAGCCGACGCAAGGGUCGGGGCACAAGCUCGGGAACAAAUCAAUCGGGAGAUGCACAGACGAACAACACUGCCAGCCAAAUCAAAUCACAACGUAUAUUGCCGAACAAAAACCAGAUCGAAUGUCGCGUCAUUUUGCUCGAUGGAACCGAUUUAUCGGUUUAUUUAACAAAAAAAGCCAUGGGUAGUGACUUGUAUGAGCAAGUGUUUUACUCAUUGGAUUUGAUAGAGAAAGACUACUUUGGACUACAGUUCACCGAUGCCAAUCACGUGAAACACUGGCUGGAUCCAACGAAAGCCAUCAAAAAACAAGUUAAAAUUGGCCCACCGUAUACACUUCGCUUGAAAGUAAAGUUCUAUUCAUCCGAGCCGAAUACAUUACGCGAGGAAUUGACCCGAUAUCAAUUUUUCUUACAACUGAAACAAGACUUACUUGAAGGGCGAUUGCACUCAAAAACAACCGACCACAAUCCCAAUAUAGCUUCGUUUGAAGAAAAAUGCACUGAACUAUGUGCCUUAUCGCUCCAAUCUGAGCUCGGCGAUUAUGACGAAGAGGUACAUACAGCUGCAUUUAUAUCAGAGUUUCGUUUUGUACCGAAUCAAACCGAAGAUGUGGAACUCACAAUUUUGGAGGAAUACAAAAAAUGUCAUGGACUAACACCAGCUGAAGCUGAGACUGCAUUCUUAAAUAAGGCCAAAUGGCUUGAUUUAUAUGGUGUUGAUAUGCACACAGUUCUAGGCAAAGAUGGAUGUGAUUAUCAUCUUGGUUUGACACCAACUGGUAUUUUAGUCUUCGAAAUCACGCAAGAUCCCAACGAUCGUAAUGAAAAAAUUGAGAAAAUCGGCUUGUUUUUCUGGCAAAAAAUUAGUAAACUUGAUUUCAAAAAGAAAAAACUAACUCUUGUGGUGAUUGAGGAUGAUGACGAGGGUAAAAAACAGGAGCACCUUUUUGUGUUUCGAUUGUACAAUGAAAAAGCAUGCAAGCAUUUAUGGAAGUGUGCCGUUGAACAUCAUACCUUUUUCCGGCUACGUGCACCAGUUCGGGGACCAUCAGCACGUCAAAAUUUCUUCAGAAUGGGAUCCCGGUUUCGUUACUCCGGUAAAACCGAGUUUCAGACAACAGUUCAAAGCAAAGCUCGUCGAACUGUUCAGUUUGAACGACGUCCAUCACAACGAUUUGCGCGAAGACAAUCGCAUGUGUUGCGUGAACGGCAACGCAACGUGCAACGAUCAGAAAGUGAUUCAGCAGCCACAACAAGAGCCACAACUGAGAGAACUUCAAAUAUUGAAGACAGUACUUCGGUGACACCAUCCACCUCUUCGGUACAAACAACUAUACAGAACCAUUUGGUAUCAACGAUCGGAUCUGAGAAAUCAUUCCCACAAUCAGUUAGCAGAUGCUCGAACAAAUCAGUAUCAUCAAGCGAAGAUUUUAAAGCUAAGACUAGCGAAAAGUUGGAUGUUGAGCAACCAUCGACUUCGAAGAGCAGUAAAAUCAUUGAUCCAGAACCAUCGAAUUUAUUCAAUACAAUUGCGUAUAGUUCGUUCGGCAAAGCAUCCAUUUGUUCAUCAUUUAGUGCAAAAAGCGGCAGCUCAACCACCACCACCGGAAACGAAAAUCUUGACAGUCUUCUCAAGACGAUUUCGAAAGAUCCCGGUAACACGAUCGCAAACAUGCAAGAAUCGUUGAACGAUGUCAACAGCAUACGUGUGACUAUCAAUAAGACUUCAGAUUUGGAUAAUAAUACAGAUACUUUGAAGCGAAUAACUGCUGCGGAUAAGCCGAAUAAUCAGACUAAAUUAGCAUCGAUCGGUGGUACUCCACUGCCACCAAGUCAGAUGAAAUGCAACAUUCUUAAAGCACGUGCAGAAGAAGAGGCAAUUUCUACACCAACGAAAUUAACAAAUCAAUUGUUUGUCAAAUCGGCUAUGAACUCAAAUAACUUGAGCAAUGUAAAUUCUCUUCUAAACGGUGAAGAUUCCUUGACAGGUGCUACAUUUGUUCCGGUGGGAGGUGAUAAGUUAACUAUAACUAUAUCAAAUUUGGCAAAAAAUACCAACACGGGUCAGCCGAAUUUGGCUUCACCUCUGUCAAAAGUAUUCCCAUCACCGCCAUCUUCAGCUGGUCUAAGAUCCGAAACCCCAAUCCAAUUGCCAUUAGAUAUAAUAACGGAUGCGGAAAAUCGAACAAAUUCAGUAAAUGGUGUCACGUCAUCAAGCACCAUCGAUAAGGUAACCGUGACCCAUUUUUCGAAAGAACGAGGCGCAAUGGAAAAAAUCAGCAAUCCAUCUCUCAAUAUUAUCAAUGCGGAAUAUAAGGCCGAAACGAGUAAAUCGACAACACCCAAAACAUCAACAAAUCCAUUUUUAAAUACGUCACCCGUAGCCGUACCACUACCAACAAAUACAACGAAUCCAUUUCAUGUAUCGCUAAUAACAAGUUCCAUCGAUGCCGACCACGUUAUAUCAAUUGAUGAUAAUUUCCGAACAAACGAUGUCAUUUCCAAUUGUAGCGACAACAACAACGAUACCAACACUACGUUAAUCUCUAAAGAGGCACCAAAAUUGGUGGCCACAAAUCCAUUUACUGUCAUCGAUGAAAUUGACAAUGAAAAUCACACGAACCGAAUCCAAGUCAAUAAUUAUGAUGCAUUAAAUAACUUAAAGAACAACAAUAUUGUCGGCAACGAUAAAGCCGAAACGACGCUGGACGAAAAGAACAAAAAUAAGAAAAAUAUUGAGAAUGAGCAGCUAAAUGACCAAAAUAGCAAUGGAACGCCAAAAAUUGAUGUUGUCGAAGCGGCAAUGGUGUCACCAUGGCUCGUUGAUCAAUCCGAUGUUGUAACAACAAGCAACAAACCGAAAGCACCCGUACGAAAAACCGUCAUCACAACCCAAUUAUAGUUUGGAAUAUGCAUUCAACUUUGUGUGCCUUAUGUAAUCAGGUAGAAAAAGAAAACUAGCAAUUGGAAGCAAAUCGAAAAAGUUUUUAAUUCAAGCUAAAGAAAAGGAAUUCAAGCCGAACAUAAAUAGAUUCCAUUCAAAUAUUUUUUUUCAUGCAAAUCUGAAAGGCGUGCUCAGAAUCUUUAUGUUUUUUUUUUUUCUUCUCUUCUUGACACAAACACACAUAGUGAGAGAGUAAGUUGAAUGUGUAGGCAAAUGCUAAAUUGAAAGAAUGAUCCCCGAAAAAAAGUCGGCAGAAUUCCAACAUAGUUUCGGUGUUGCUUAAAACCGAAGGAAACAUUUUCGUAACGACAUUCCAAAUAGAAGUAUUGUAUUCUAUGCGAUAGAUUGUGCUUCAUAUGAAUACGCAAAAUGAUUGAAAAAGAAAAGUAUAUGUGUAGGAAUCUAAAAAUAGCAUAAACAAAAAAACGAGAUGAGCGAAAAUUAAAUGAAGAAUAUGCCAUUUUAAUAUUUACUGUUGGUAGAAAUCAAUUUUAUAUUUUACUAUUUCGUAGUUCAAAAACUGUAUAUUAUUAAAAAAAAAAAAAAACAAAAUAAAAUAAAAAUACUAUAUUUGAAACGAUGUUGAAAGAAAAUUAUGGAAAAAAAUGAUGCAAAUGUAAGAGGAGAAACAACUGUUUUUAAAACGUGUGUUUAUAAAUGAAAUGGGUGGAGAAACUACUAUCGCAAAAUAGAAGAAA